AUGAACACGAGACCUAACUCUCGGGGAGACAUCUCAAGCGCGUCAGGCUCUCGCCCCGGUUCAAAGACUGGGAGUCUGCCUCGCACAGAGACCGUGGAUUCGAGAAUCGAGAGUCCAGCAGGUAUGUUUGGCUCCCCUGACGACUCUAUACUGCCUGAUAUCUUCGAGCCUCGCUCAACUGAUACUGGCUAUUUUACUCCAGAUCCUAGGCCCCAAGGAGAACAAUCGCUCCAGCUUGCCCAGAGCUCUGAGCGAAAUAUGGAAACCCAGGAAGCUCACCCUAUUUCAUCCCCGCAAGCAGUUAACCAAAACCUUCGAGAGCUCGUCGACUCGAGGAUUGCCAGUCCGGCGGGUAUGUUCGGUGGCCCUACAGACUUACAGCUUUUCAGCAUUAGAGAGUUUCGCUCACCGAUCGCAGGCUAUUUUUCUCGAGAUUUCAACCUCCAAGGGCCGCAAUUCCUAGCGAAGGUUCACGAUCAGUGCGAAAAGAUGGACGACGUCAAAGCUCGAUACGAAGAUCUUUGGCUUUCAACCCAGCUAUUUUAG